AUGUCCAAGGUAGGAGAAUCUUCACAGCCCAAGAACCAGCAGGAGGAGUUUGUCGAGUCCAUCGAACAUGAGGAGCAAACUCCUCACACUGUUCAGGAUGAGCCGCAGGUGAACAAAGCCCAGCAGGACAAGGCUCUGCAGUUGAUCGAAGAAGUAGGAUAUUCGACCAUCUUGACUCCUGAGAACAACAAACAUGUCCUUCGGAAGAUCGAUCUUCGUCUCCUUCCUAUUAUGCUAGUCAUCUACUUCCUACAACAGCUUGACAAGUCAACUCUCUCUUAUGCAUCGGUCUUUGGACUCCAGGAGAAUGCUCAUCUUCAUGGACAUCAGUACUCCUGGUUGGGUGCAGUUGUCUAUGUGGCCCAGCUGGUCUUCCAGCCCCUGGUUUCUUAUCUCCUGGUCAAGGUUCCGAUGGGAAAGUUUCUGGCGGCCUCGACGCUUUGCUGGGGUAUUGCAUUGUCUUGCAUGGCUGCUGCCAACACUUUCGCUACCUUGAUGGUAUGUCGGCUGUUCCUUGGUAUCUUUGAGGCUGGACUCGCCCCGGCCUUUAUUGCAGUGACACAGAUGUGGUAUAGACGGCGCGAACAGCCUGUGAGAUUGGGCUCGUGGUAUGCGAUGAAUGGCGUGGUCAACAUGGUUGGAAGUUUGAUCACAUAUGGGCUGGGACACAUCAAUUCUUCAGUCUUUGCUCCUUACCAGGUCAUUUUUCUCUUUUUUGGCUUGAUCACUGUUGCAUUUUCGUCCGUUGUGUUCUUUUUUAUGCCCGACUCGCCCCUUAAAGCUAAGUUCUUGUCCGAAGAUGAUAAAUUAGUGGCUGUUGAAAGAUUGCGAAUGAACCAACAAGGUAUUGAAAGCCACGAAUGGAAAUGGGAGCAUGUCAAGGAGUCAUGCCUGGACCUCAAGUCAUGGUUUUGGUUUUCUCUGAUGGUUUCUAUCUCAAUCCCGAGUGGUGGAAUCACCACAUUCGGUCCUUUGAUUAUAGAAUCCUUUGGUUUCAACAGUCUCAACACGAUCCUUCUCAACGUUCCGUUCGGUGCAGUUCAGCUUAUCGCUACAAUGGGAGGUGCUUGGUUGGCUACAACAUGGAGGAAAAAAGGUCCCGUCCUUGCACUAUUGUGUCUUCCCCCAAUUGCAGGCUGUAUUAUGCUGUUGAAGAUCCCUCAUGACGAUGCUCACAAGGGCCCUCUUCUCGUGGGCUACUACAUCAUCUCUGUCUACCCAAGUAUCACGCCGUUGAUCUACUCUUGGUCGGCCGCCAACACUGCCGGAGAGACAAAGAAGAAGGUCACCACGGGUAUUCUUCUCGUGGGACAGUGUGUUGGUAACAUCAUCGGACCCAACCUGUACACCACUGACGAGGCACCGCUGUACCACCGUGGACUGCUUUCUAACCUCUCACUUUUCUGUGUCUUGUGGCUCCUCAUUAUGCUGAACAUGGCUUACCUGUCUUUUCUCAAUAAGAAGCACGAGAAGAAGCGUGUUGCUCUUGGAAAAGAUGCUAAGAUUAUUGAUCACUCCAUGUUCGCAGUUGGGGCUGUACCAACAGACAAAGAUGGCAUGCCGGUCCAACAGGUGGCUGAUGAUAAUGCCUUCAAGGAUCUGACGGACUUGCAGAACGAGGACUUCGUUUAUGUCUAUUAG